AUGAAACCAACCGUCGCUCCCCUCCGUAAGAAAGUCGUGCACUCGGUUGACACGUCCUUUUCUUCAGUAGAAUGGCCUUCAAUAUCUGAACAAGACCAAGACGCUAUACUGGAGCUAAUCAUCAGUCUCCUUGCGCCUCUUGGCCACCAUCGCAGAACUGCACAGGCAUCCAAGGGCAAGCGGGAUACGAAGCGCAAACGCGACUCCGGCACAUCGGUGAUAUCAGAUUCCUUGCCAAAGCCUCCAGCCCCUGAAAUAGCAUCUUUUGUCGAUAUUGGCUUGUCUGCCAUCACGCGAAAUUUGCAAGAACACGUUUCUCAAAAUGUCGACUCGGUUGGCACAACAAAGUUACCUUACGCCCUGAUCUUCGUAGCUCGGUCAGGGCAAGCAUCGGCUUUCAACAGUCAUUAUCCACAAUUAGUGGCCGUCGCCUCACAGUCCUCGUCGUCCAACCACUCGAUCAGGUUGGUCGGGUACUCAAAGCCAUGCGCGCCAGCUCUUAGUGCAAGUCUAGGAAUUCCUAGGGUUUCGUCUGUGGGAAUACGCCACGGGGCUCCUCUAUCCAAGCCUCUCAUCGACUUCGUUCAAAGCUGCGUUCCUCCUAUCACCAUCCCGUGGUUAAGCGAAGCUGAGACUGGACAGUACCGCCACACACGUCUCAUAUCUGAAGAGAAGCUGGUGCCCAGUAAGCAAGCAACAUCAUCAGCACCAUAG